AUGUCGGGGGACCUCAAGGCCAGUUGUCAUGAAGGGAACACCCUGGCACAGCAUUACUAUAUCCUGGGCACCCUAGAUAAAGGGUCGUUUGCAGAAGUCAAAGUGGCUCUCCACCUUAUGACCCAGACCAUGGUAGCCAUCAAGAUAUUGAAAAGGGGCACAAAUAUAGACUUCCUGGUCCUCUCUGAGAUAGAUCUUGUGAAAUCCCUGAACCAUAGUCACAUAAUACAGUUGUUCCAGAUAUUCGAGACAAGGCACAAAACGUACCUGGUGAUGGAAUAUGCAGCCCGGGGAUCCCUGCUGAAACACAUCAACAAGUGUGGGCGUCUGGACGAGGAAGAGGCACGAAGGAUAUUUACAGAACUCUCUUUGGUCGUCAACUAUAUCCACAGUCAGAAUAUUGUCCACCGAGACAUCAAGGCCGAGAACAUCCUAUUGGAUUGGGAGGGGCAUGUGAAACUGACUGACUUUGGCUUAGGCAAAAGACUGGCCUCUGGGGAAAAGUUCAAAGGAUUUUGUGGCACACCACAAUAUUGUGCUCCUGAAGUGUUUGAUCACAAACAAUAUGAUGGCCUCCCAACUGACAUUUGGAGUCUCGGUGUAGUAUUAUACUAUUUAGUUAUUGGACACCUUCCCUUCCAAGAGACAGUGCACUCCAAGAUAAAGCAUCUGAUACUAGCCUGGAGCUGUUGGAUCCCGUAUCACCUGUCUCCAGAGCUUCGAGACCUAUUAAAGAGAUUAAUGACUAUAGACCCCAUAAUGAGGCCAUCCAUUAAAGAAAUAUUGGUACACCCGUGGCUGUGCCAUGAUCAAGACCCAUUGAGAUCUUCAGAGGAAAUCCCUAGAGAACCAGAAUCCAACCUUGCUUUUGACAUGUUUCUUAUGGGGUACAACAUUAAAGAGCUCAGGGAGGCUUUGAGGGAACAGAAGUACAAUCAUGAUAUGGCGACUUAUUUGAUUAUAAAAAAGAAGUAUACCAGGCAGCCCCAAUUUUAUCACGAUGGGGGACAGGGUAGGAGUCUGGACCCUACAAAAGCCCCCAACCCUCCCUGGCCUGAUAUGGCCCAAGAGAGCUCCAGUGCUACAGACACAAGUAGCAGCAUGUCCUCCUGGGAGUCCAGAACCAGCAGCCCUUCCCCCAGUGAGGAGAACCUGGAAGAGAAUAUAGGCAUCGAAUCCUUACAAGACACUAGCUCAUCCUCAAGGGAAGCAGUCCAUCAGGAGUAG